ACUCCUAUUUCCAUCGGACAUCUAUUUAUCCGCAUUUGCUACUUGUCCCUAUAGGAUAAACAUGAUUUUGCUUAUAUUGACAAGCCAAAUUGUCAUCUUUUUCAAUUACAAACCUCUUUAUAAGCCUAUCCGUUUUUUUUGCAGUAUCAACAUGCUAUUUAAUGCAUAGAUAAUACAAAAAUGAUGCUAGCCAAUGGUUAAAGGCGUUUCGUCAUUUAUUGGAAAUUAACUUCGAAUCCGCAGCAUCUAUAAAUUGAGACCAUCUUUGCCCCCUUCUUUUAUAGACCAACUACCUCUGCUAUGACGCACACAAAACUACACCUGGCUUUACUUAUCAAUGACAUUCCUAUGGAACAAGUACUCAAGCAUGCUGGUGACUAUUUUCAACAAUACAAGUACUUGUUCGAAGUAGCCUCGAAACAAAGAAACCUCGAUAUCACUUGGGAUGUCUUUGAUGUAGUCAAUCGUCAGGAAUACCCUUCAUUUCAAGAUAUUCAGAGUGGAAAAUAUAAUGCGCUUAUCCUUACUGGAUCUAAGCAUAAUGCUCAUGAUAAUGAUCCUUGGAUUGUUCAGUUGGUAGAGUUUGUUAGAAAGGUACAGGCUGAUUAUGUGGAUAAAGUCAAAUUGGUUGGUUUCUGUUUUGGCCAUCAGAUCAUGAUACGUGCUGCUGGGGGAAAGACAGGAAGAAAUCCUGCAGGCUGGGAAGUUGGCUGGGUUAAAAUUCAAUUAAGCAAAGAAGGACAAGAGUUUUUCAAGACGAGCAAGGAUUCUAUUCGUAUCAACCAGUUCCAUCAAGAUCAUGUGAUUCAAUUACCAGAAAACUAUAAAACACUUGGUUAUACAGAAAGAAAUACGCCUCAUCACUUAACUACUUCAAAUAACCGCCAAUGUUUGACGAUUCAGGGACAUCCUGAAUUCAGUAGAGAAACCAUGCGAACCAUGAUUGUAGCUAGAAAAGCAACGGGCGUUUUAAAGCCAGAAGAAGCAGAUAAAUUCUUACAUGUCUUGGACAAUGCAUUGCCUGAAAUGGAAGACAUUUGGUUUGCGGAGAAAGUAUUAGACUUUAUUAUGGAUAACAUUUAAUAAAUAGAG